UUUAAAAAUUAAAAAUCUGACAACUGUCUGACAAGUAUAAAUAUUAACAUGAUAUAAAUAUUGUAAAUGAAGAGCCUUUUAAACAAUUUCUUUAUUAAAUUUGUAUAUUUUUGAUCCCAUAUGAAGAAGUAGUGGCUACUUCUUAUCUUAAUUAUAUUUCAAAAUUUACAGUUUAUUUUGUCUUCCUUGAAGAACAAAACGAUAGAAGAAAUGAACUUGCAUACUUCUGUUUUCUUCUAUAUCAUUUAUGUACAAGGCAUUCUCACGUCUAGAGUCUUGGAAUUAACAGACAGAUUUCCAGAAAUUCGCAAAGAUGGUGGGAUGUGGUUAGUUCAGUUUUAUGCACCUUGGUGUGGGCACUGUAAAAAACUCGAACCUAUUUGGAUGCAUGUGGCUCAAGCACUCGCUAAAACAAAUAUUAGGGUAGGAAAAGUUGAUGUUACAAGGUUCCCUUCAGUUGCCAAUGAAUUUAAAGCAUAUGGAACACCAACAAUAAAAUUUCUAAAACCGGACUCUGAGCAUACAUUUUAUGGUGAUCGUUCUAAGGAUGUUUUAGUAAACUAUGCUAUUAGAAUGUCACUCCCGCCUGUACAGGAAAUUACCAAGUCGGAUGUAUUAAAUAAUCUAAAAAACGAGAAUCAGUUAUUUUUCAUGUACAUUGGAAAAAGAGAAGGGCCUUUAUGGGAUGUUUAUUAUACCACUGCUGUUUAUAUGCAACCAUAUGUGUAUUUUUAUUGUUCAAGUGAAGAUGUUGCUAAACAACAUGUUAAUAUUCAUGAAUUACCAGCUGUAUUUGUUCACAAAGAGGGAGUACAUUAUUUUUAUCCAGUUGAGGAAGGUAAUGGAGAAGAGGAAGUCAUCCAUUUGAACAAAACAUUAUAUAAAUGGGUAAAUGAAGAACGUUUUGAAACAUUUCCAAAAAUUACAUCCGAUAACAUUAAUGAGUAUAUGCAAACUAAAAAAUACUUGGUGUUGGUUAUUGUGGAAGAAAAUAAAAUUAAUGAAAUUCCACCUGAUAUGUUAGAAUUUAGAAGUAAAGUAGAAAAUUUAAUUCGGAAUAAAAGAGAUGUCUACCAUAAAUAUUUUCAAUUUGGAUGGAUGGGAAAUCCAUCUGUAGCCAACAGCAUUGCAAUGGUCAGAUUACCUCUACCAUAUCUAUUGGUUUUUAACUCUAGUACUUACCACCAUCAUAUACCAGAUGAUGAUCCUGUACAAAUGACUAGUCAGGCAAUUGAAGUGUUUCUAGAAAGAAUUAUAAAUAGCACAUCGCCAGCUUAUGGCGGAAAUACUAUUGCUGUAAAUACAGUUAGAAAAAUUCUAAAUAUAAAGAGAGAAUUGGAAGAUAUGUGGCAAGGAAAUCCUGUAAUGGUUAUCUCUGUAGUUACUUUGCCUUCUCUAUUUUUCAUGUUGAUAGUAUACACAUGUUGUUGUUCUGAUCUUUUAGAUGCAGAGGAGGAGGAUGAAGAAGAGCUCUUAUACCAUGAGAAAAAUGAAUAAACAUCGUUGAAUUAAGAAUAAACAAGAUAUCUAGUCAUUAGUUGUUAAGUAGUAUUUUAUUAUUAUGAAACUAUAUAUUAGGAUCAAUAUUGUGUUAAACAAAUUCAUUUAAUUAGUUUUAUCCAAUAAAAAUUAAAGCAAUAAUUCCAUAGCUAGAUUAGCAAGUAUGGAUAUCUUAAUUUUUGACCAUGUAAGCCUUCUUUGGUACAUCCCAUAAAUGAAAAUCUUUGGAAGAAGCAAUAAAACAAGAGAAAAUGAAUCUAUUAGAUUCAUGAUAAACCACAAUUCUACAAUUCACUUCUAUAAAUGACACCAAGUAGAUGGAAUUUAUUAAUAAAGUUCGCUAGUGGAAUUUUAGUACCUACUAAUUUCAAAAUCAAGUGCCAUAUUAAACCUAGGAUUUAAAAAAUCAAUAUAAACCAUCAGACUUUUAAUCCAAUCUACUGUUCCUUUUUCAUAUAAUGAUAAUUUGGAAUUCAAGCCAAAGAAACAAUGAUUUAAAUUAUGAAUACUAGCACUCAUUGAGAGACUUUGUGUUUAUAAAUGGUUUUGCAAACAUUUAGAAGAAUAUAGAGAAUAUCUUUAUAGAAAGUAAAACAUAUUACUUCUAAAUCUGGGUAUUAAUUUAUUAUAAUUUUAUUUAUUUUAUAUUUAUUAUUAAUAAAAAAUUCAUAGUGCUUUUUUGUUUUUUUUUCUUAAUUCUCUAAAUGAAAAAAAAACGGCGUCAAGUGCGCAAGAAAUGAUUAUUAAUAACAUCCCGCAUAUAAUAUUAGAAAUAAAAUUAAUGAUCAUUUCCAAGUGAACACUGACUUGCUUUUUUUUCAAAUCAAAUGGUAAAACUUGUUACAAUAACUUGAAUCGGAAAACUAAAUAUUCUAAUAAUUUUCAGUAAAACAUUGAAGUAACUUCUGUCUUUCAUAUACAUACAUUUAAAAUUCAAUAUUUUUACCAUCUACAUAUAAGAGUAUUA